UGAUAACAUAUUUAACUAAUUUAAUAUUUAGGUAAAAAUUAAUUUACAAUUAAAAGUUGAUACAUUAUUUGGUUUGUGAAAAAUAGAAUGACUUUGGGCAUGAAUACUGGCCGAAACACUUAUAAAUGGGUUGGCGAAGCCUUAUCUCUGCCACAGUUUAAAGAUAUUUUCCCAGAUCAGUUAUUUUAUAAGGGUGUCCAAGUUAACGACUUGGUUAUUCGAAUUGGGAGUUAUGUAUUACUAAAAACCAAAAAGGACAAAGAGCUAUCUCAAAAUACUACCAUCGUAGCCAGAGUUGAACUAAUAAUGGGCACAGCAGGAACAAUUCUAAGUAAAUCGACAUGCCAAUUGAUGGUGCGCAAAUUUAUUUUCCCAAAGGAUGUUCCACCGAAUUGCUUUUACAACAACAUCAUUUUCAACUUUGAUCUUGAAGUGAUUGAAGAUCUGAGACCGUCAGACCCAAUAUUUAAACUUGGACAAGUAAUCGAUGUUUGCAAAGUUGCUAUUGGGGCUGAAACCGAUGAAGCUGAAAAAACUAUUCAUGACCUUACGGUUAAACAUAAUUUGGUUAAUAGUGUUGUCUAUUUAUGUAGGUAUCGGUUGAUUCAAAAUGAAAAUGCACAAGUUUUGGAACCGGUCAUCAUGUUGCCACCUGCUGAAUUGCUUGAUGAAUGAUAAAAAAUAGUUGUUGAAAAAGCUGAUGAUGUUUUAUGUAAUAUAUGUUUAGUGUAUAUAUGUAUAUACCAAAAGAAAUAAUGGGAUUCGUUAAAAUUAUACACUUGUAUUGCAUUUUUUCAUGGAUUUGUAGUAAGCCAAAAGA